AUGGCCAUGGAUAGUGGAGUUCAUAUCCCAGUAAUGCUAAAGGAGGUUCUUGAUUAUCUCAACCUAAAAAAGGAGGGAAUUUAUAUUGACUGUACUUUUGGCAAAGGAGAAGAGUAUUUAAAGGAAAUGGGCGUCCAAGAAAUAGACGGAAUUUUGUUUGAUUUAGGUCUUUCUUCAGAUCAGUUGGCGGAAGAGAGAAGAGGAUUUAGUUAUCGGCUAAACUCGCCACUUGACAUGAGAAUAAGUGAAGAAACCAAAUUAAGAGCGGAAGAGAUUAUUAAUAAUUACCCUUGUGAAAAAUUGGCCGACAUUUUUUAUCAUUAUGGAGAAGAAAGAAAAGCCCGAGCGAUUGCCCGAAAAAUCUGCUACUGA